AUGAAUGUGAUCACCUGGGUUUCGCGGAGAUAUCUGAAUGAAUCAGCUGACACGAAUAUGCUCAUGACUGCUAAAAAGAGUGUGAAGAGUGGAUUAGUCGCAGCAGCUGUUGUGAGCUCGUGGUGUUAUGCCGCGACGCUGCUGAAUUCGGUCCGCUUGACCUACCUGUUUGGGUUCGCAGGGCUGUGGUGGUUUGUCUCGGGUGCUACUGUGCAGAUUCUUCUUUAUGCUAUAAUGGCCAUCGAGCUCAAGCGCAGGGCUCCUCGGGCCAACACAAUUCUCGAAGCUCUACGAAUUCGCUUCGGUACAUCUACGCACCUUGUGUUCUUCGCAUAUGGAGUCUCUGUUCAGAUCCUUAUCACAGCUGCUCUUCUGCUUGGUGGGUCUGCGGCGUUCACCGUUACUACUGGAGCAAAUAUAAUUGCUAUGAAUUACCUGAUACCUCAAGGAGUUGUCGUUUACACUUAUCUAGGUGGGCUCAAGUCGACAAUCCUAUCAGAUUAUCUGCACACUAUCAUUAUCUACGUCAUACUACUGGUUUUCAUGUUUAAGGUUAUGGCUGUGGAAUCUCUCCCAGUCCUUGGGAGCCCUGGAGCACUCUGGGAUCUGCUACAGGCACCUGCUGCCAUGGCUACGGGAGGGGCAACUGGAGCCAAAGAUGGAUCAUAUCUCACUAUGCAGUCUGGAGAAGGAUUACUCCUGGCUGGUGUGAUUCUGGUGUCUGGCUUUGGAUCAGUCUUCGUUGACCCAUCUUAUGGCCAGAAGGCGAUUGCAGGAGAACCUGGUGCAGUAGUCACUGGUUAUUUCCUGGGUGCCUUUAGCUGGUUUAGCAUCCCCUUGGGAUUGUGCGCAACCAUGAGCUAUGUUGCCAUCGCCUUGGCCAACACGGAAUAUUGGCCACUGGAAGGCGGUGUCACCAGUUACCAGAUCAACAAUGCGAUGAUACUUCCACUAGCAGCAGAAGCAGUCAUGGGCAAGGGUGGCGCUGUUGCCGUUGUUUUGAUGGUCUUUAUGGCCGUGACAUCAAGUUUCAGUGCUGAGAUUAUCGCGCACGCGUCUAUAGUGACGUUUGACAUAUACCGUCCCUAUAUCAAUCCUACCGCAAGCGAUAAGCGACUGAAGCUUGUUUCCCACAUAUCCUUAACCGCCUUUGCAUUGUUUUCCAGCACAUUUGCUACUGCUUUGAACUACAGUGGAGUCUCUAUGGGCUGGAUCCUUGAAUUCCUCGGCGUGUUGCUGGGUCCCGCCGUUAUACCAAUCAUUCUCGCUGUGAACUCAGCGCACGUCAGUCCAGCGUACAUGACAUAUUCAGCCCCAAUAGGUUCUACUUGCGCACUUGUUUCGUGGAUCGUUACAGCCAAGGGGAUGUUUGGAGCAGUCACAGUGGAUACCCUCUAUGAGAAUUGGUCAAUGUUUGUGGGCUGUACAGUGGGGCUGUUCGUGCCAUUGAUUAUCUACUUCGCCAUGUGGUCGUUGCACCGUACCCCUUACGACUGGGAUCAGCUGUUCCUUAUGCAGGCACUUGAGCCACGACCAGGAGACAAGGUGUACAGUUAUGAUGACACAACUGACCUCGGCGAUGACUGGGACCCACCAGCUCUAGCGAAAGCUUCAAGGCGAGCAAAGAUCGUUUCACUCGUCCUAGUGUUAGUCUUUCUCAUCAUUAUACCAUUCUCCUUGUACGGCACUGGGUACACUUUUAGUCGGAACUUCUUUACCGGUUGGACAGUGGUCGUUUUUCUCUGGUCUUGGGUCGCUGCAGCUGUUAUCUGGUUCCUGCCCCUUUGGCAGGCCCGCAAGACCUGGCUCGGGGUGAUGCGCGCAGCGCUGGGUAAAAGCCGAAAUAAGCCCCAGAUCGAAGGUCUCGAGGUUUCUGAUAUUAAUCAGGAACAGGUGGUCGCCACAGAGAAGGCUAAGUAG